AGUAGGGUCAGUGUUUAAAGAACUGCCUCCGUUGUUGUGGCUCAAAAUUUAUUCUCUAAGUUACCACCAGUAUCCAAGAAUAUAUCCUUCCUCGCACAAAAUUGAGUGAAUUCUCAAAAACUAAAAACACUCAAAACCCGAACACCACUAACACCAAAUAGUCUCACAGAAUAGGAACUUUUUUCUAAGCUGCAUUAAUAAUAAUUUCAUUCAACUUGACACAGUUCAAAAACGUGGUGCAUAAAAACGUGACACACAUUAAAUUAUCCGUUGCAAGGACAAUACUUUUUUUUUAACUUACUCGUUUUCAACUUUAACAAAAUUUUAUUAUCGUCUGAAGGUUUUCAAAAUUAUUGUAUGUUGUUCUUGACCGAGAGAUUAUAAGAGAGUUCAAAAUGACACAAUGGGUUGUGGAAAUUCAACGGUUCUAGAUUCUCCGCAAACAAAUUCGUUGUCGGUAGCCCGAGGACGGACGAGAAACAAAAAUACCGUUGAAGAAUUUGUUCAAUUGGAUGAAGAAAUAAGUGAAAUGGAAGGACUUUGUCCAGGACCAAGAUUAGCAACUGCUGAAGCAUGGAUAGAACAUUUACAAGAGAGACGUGAUGCUCUAGUUUUGGAUACGGAUAUUAUUCAAUAUAAUUUACCUAUAGACCAAGUUAGUGAUACGACAAUAGCCACGGUUAAUCAAGAGUUAGUGAAUAAUUCACCCAGCAAGGAUUUAGCUAGGUUAGUUAUAACUUUGGGAGUUCUUCUAAGUAAACAAAAAGCUUCCGAACAAGAGGACUUCUUUGCUAAAAUUAGUAAAUCUGCCCUCGAAGUUAUAGCCCUGCGAUACUAUAACGAGAUAUUACAACACACAAAAUCAAGAGUUAAGUUUCUCAAUGAAAACUACAAGCGUCUUAAUGAACUGUAUGUCCAGCAGGAUGGGAUAAUUGCACUUAUAAGUGGUGGAACUUAUAUGACAAGUUAUGAAGAAAGUUUAGAUUCUCAACUGGAGACGGCUCGUGAUGUUCGUGAUAAAUUAGGAAGUACUCUUGAGCAAUGGAGAAUUUGUGGAUUAUUAUUAAGAGCUUGUUCCAAAUCAGCUUUACAGGCAUUGGAAUUUUGGAGAAGCAUAAAGGCUUUAAGUUCCCCCAAAGACAUAGUCCACCUUGCACUCGAAUGCCGCAAUAAUACUCAAGCAUCAUUAAUAUCCCUCGAAUGUGCUCAACUAUCGCUGCCAAAUGUUGAAAUUAAAUUCGUUAGCAAUCGACAAAUGUUGGCAGUAAAACAUAUAAACACUUAUAUGAUAACUGACAUUGCAGAUGAAUCACGAUACAAUCAUGUGACGAAAGUUCUUGAGACAUACGAGAAUAAUAUGCAAAACGCUUCCAAGUGGUUGUAUGAUACUUAUGACUCAACAUUGCGAAAGGACUUUGAAAAGGCGGAAAAAACGGUUAAGUCAUUGGCAGGAAAAUUACGCAGUCAUAGACAUGAGUUAUUUCUCAAGGAAACUCAACGCAAAUAGUUUUUUGUUAAUCUUUUUUUGUACAUAUUUUAUUGUUAAAGAAAUAUAACGACCAUUUUACACAAACAUUAA